ACAACUGACACAGGAGGGAGAACUCAGGUGUAUUAGUGGUUUAUGGGGAGGUUCAGGUUUUGCGCAGGCGGUUUGUGCAGAAAAGCCAUUCAGGCUCAGACAAAUAUAGCAUCUCCAAUCAGCCUAAGAUGAAUGUGUUUGGACUGUGGGAGGAAAUUGGAAAGCUCCAGCUAACGUGCAAGUUCAAACCCAGAACCUUCCGGUUGUGAGGCCAUGGUGCUAACCGCUGUGCCAGCCAGUUUUGGAUAAAUAAACUGCUUUAUCGUGCUUUGUGUGUAUUUUUAGUAAAGUAAGUGUGACGCUUUUCUUUUUUUUUUGUAACUACAUAAGGAGAUAAUAUAGCUGAGAUAUGGUUUUGGGAGUAAUACAGGCAUGAUUUUGUUGUCAGCAGUUGAGAGUGAAGCCUCUGCGGGAAGCCUCUGUGGCCAGGGGAGUCCGAGCCAGCUAGUUCUCAGGGAUUGACUCAUUUUGCCAGCAGCACCCUCAUACCCCCUUCCCCAUGUAAUUGUAGGUUUUCGUUAACCACUGGUUAUUUUUAUAUGCUUUUAAGAGUUGAGCAAAGCACGCAUUUAAAUUGCAAGGUGGAAGAGUUCAUUAUGGCUUCGCUUGGUGGUUUUUCAGAAAACGUCAAGCUUUCUUAAGUCCCCCAAUAAACUGUUGAUUGUCAUAUUUAUAUUCUUUUUAAAUUCAAACAAUCUGAAAACUGUUUUCAAGCUGUACAGUGUGAUGGGAGGAAGUGCUAACUUGCCUGUGACUUUAAAUCUGUGUUCUCCAUAGAAUGAUUUGCAUGUCUCUUGUUAUUGGUUGUUGGAGGUCCUGUGGACACUUCUAAUUGGUUCAGCGUUUGUUACUUCCCAUUUUUCCUGAAUAUGUGUUUCAGAUCAUGAGACUUGUGGGUAUUUCACAAGGCCACACGCUCCAAUCCUUCUCUACUUAUAAAGUCGGGAUGAGGUCCUUGAAGCCUGCGGUGCUGCUGCACUUAAUUCUGAUCAGCCUCGUCUCAGGGCUGCACUAUCCAAAUUCACCUUUUUCCAAAGUACCUUUCCUGACUGUGUGGAACGCCCCAACUGCCAAAUGCCUCUCUCAGUAUGGCGUUAACCUUGACCUGGGGAUGUUUAACAUUGUCCACAACCAGAAUCAAACCUUUAUGGGUCAGAACAUAACCAUCUUUUAUGAUGAUAAGCUUGGUCUGUAUCCAAGGUAUUCCCCCCAGGGAGAGGCUAUUAAUGGCGGGGUUCCACAAAACAGCAGCCUUGACAAACAUCUCAAAGUUGCCAGGGAGAAUGUAAACACCUAUAUCCCUGACAGGGGUUUCCCAGGCCUGGGUGUGGUGGAUUGGGAAAGUUGGAGACCUGAAUGGGAGAGAAACUGGGACACUAAGAAGAUAUACCAGGAUGGGUCAAAAGCACUAGUGAGGUCUAAGCAUCCAGACUGGAGCCCCAAACAAGUAGAUGACGCAGCACGCAUGGAGUUUAGCAAAGCUGCGAGGAAUUUCAUGGAGGAAACUCUGAAACUGGGGCAGGCGGCAAGACCAGAUGGUUUGUGGGGCUAUUAUGGUUUUCCAAACUGCUACAACUACUACAGCAACAAAAGCACAGGCUACACAGGGGAGUGUCCAGCUGUGGAGUUAAAGAGAAAUAACAGGCUUCUAUGGCUGUGGAGCACCUCCUCUGCUCUGUAUCCCGACAUCUAUCUCAGCAUCCAGAUGCAAAGUCUCAGCAGAGAAGUGCUCCUCUACUGCCACCACCGCAUCCUGGAGGCAAUGAGAGUAGCGGAUCAGGUGACUCCGUUCGCACCGCCCGUGUACGCCUAUGCUCGCAUCGUCUACACAUACACGCUGGAAUUUCUCUCUCAGGAGCACCUGGUCUACACUAUCGGAGAGAGUGCCGCUUUAGGCUCUGCUGGUGUAGUUCUUUGGGGUGACCACGCUCUUUCUAAAACUCAGGCUACCUGUGCUGCCGUCAAGUCCUACAUCGAUAACACUCUGGGUCCUUACCUGGUAAACGUAACAUCAGCGGCUACGCUUUGCAGUCAGACCAUGUGUUCCUCUCAUGGACGAUGUCAGAGGAAGGAUCCACAGUCGAAGGCCUACCUCCACCUUGACCCUGCCUCGUGGAAGGUGGUGUCCAAGAGGAAACCAAAUGGAUGGAGGAAAUACAGAGUUUUAGGACAUUUGCAGCCACGUCAUGUAAAGCUAAUGGAGUCUGAGUUUCAGUGCAGGUGUUACGCUGGAUGGAGGGGUCAGAGCUGCUCUGAGCCUGUUCAGCUAUAAGACUUAGGCACUUUUGAAACUAGUAGCUAAUUAAUGGCUUCUUAGCAGUGAAUGUAUCAAGAUACACUAAGACACUUUAUUAGGUACACCUGGUUAGUACCUGGCUGGACCCUCUUCUGCCCGAAUUCUUUGUGGCAUAGAUUCAACAAAGUGCAGGAAACAUUCCUCAGACAUUUUGGUCCACACUGACACGAUAACAUCACACCGUUGCUGCCGGUUUGUCACCUGCACAUUCAUGGUGCAAGCCUCUGAUAUCACCACAUCCUAAUGGUGCUCUUUUGGAUUGAGAUCUGGUGACUGUGGAGGCCGUUUGAGUGCACUGUCAUGUUCAAAAAACUAAUUUGAGUCGAUUUGAGCUUUGGGAUAUGAAAGCAUCUAUCAGAAUAUGAAUACACUGUUGUCAUAAAGGGAUAGCUAUGUUCAGCAACAGUACUCAGGUAGGCUACGGUGCCCAAAAUGUGCUAGGAGAAAAUCCCUCACACCACUAUUUCAUCACCACCAGCAUGAGCCGUUCAUACAAGGCAGGAUGGAUCCAUGUUUACAUGUUGUUUACACUGACUGUACCAUCCCAGUUUCACAGCAGAAACUGAGCCUUGGCAGACCAGGCAAAACUUUUAUAAUCUUCUAUUGUCCAACUCUGGUGACCUUAUUCGAAUGGUACCCUUAGUUUCCUAUUCUUAGCUGAGAGGAGGAGCACCCAGUGUGGGCUUCUGCUGCUGCUUCUUCUUCAAGAUUUGAUGUGUCAUGUGUUCAGAGAUGUCCUUCUGCAUACCUUGUGGUAAUGAGUUGACCUCUGACCUCCAGUAUCAACAGGAAAUUUUCCCCCAGAGUAACUGCUGCUCACGGGAUAUUUCCUCUUUUUCAGAUCAUUCUCUGCAAACCUUUGAGAUAAUU